CUAUCCGUCAUGCGAUCGUGUUCUGUGCACACCGUAAGCCGCGGCGUGCGUCGUGCAAGGUGCGUUUCCGAGUGAUAAAUCUGCUGCGUCGAAGAAAAAAGUCGUCCUAAUCUGGUGCAAAUGAGUAUUAAGCGAAGAAUAUAUAGUACAACGAGGGAGAAGAAGCAAAACUCAUAUUCUCUAUCGCCCAAAAACUUACGCAACAAUAAAUUCGAUUCCAUGAAGACCGAUAUGGUAGUGCCCGAAAUGCUGGCUUCUGUUGUGCCUUCGUCAGAUAUUUUUAAUCCUUCCACUGAUAGUCUGCACGCAGCCAUGAGACCGAUUAUUUUACUAGCCCAAUGCUUUGGCAUGUUUCCGGUGUGCGGUGUCAAUAAACCGGAUGCCUCGUAUCUUCGAUUUACAUGGUACCAUCCGAAAAUCUUUUACGCAAUGAGCAUUAUUGUAGGAACGUCUAUCCUGACAGUCACCAAUAUUCAUCGUUUGGUUACCUCGGGAGUAAAUUCUACAAAAAUGACGACUUUCGUUUUCUUUCUUACGACUCUGAUAACUGCAGUCAUGUUUAUACGAUUGGCAAUGCAUUGGCCUUGCCUAGCGUUAACUUGGGAAAAAUUGGAACGUGAAUUCACCUCGAAACAUCGGCGGAUUUCGAAGACCAGUCUCGCAACUCGUUUUAAAAUCGUAACCUUUGUCGUCAUGUUGCUUGCGUUUGGAGAACACUCUGCCGCUGUGAUGGCUGGGUACAACAGUGCAUUAGAAUGCGCAGCGUAUCGUGGUGACGUGGAUGUUGCUGGUAUUUAUUUUAUAUCACAAUUCCCUCAGAAUAGCUCAAUGUGUUACUUUGAUCGAGGAAAAAAAUUGAUUACAACAUGGAAAUCUUUGCUUCUACUAACAACUCGUCGCUAUUAUCUCGUUAAGGCGAUGCCGGAAUGGUGGUGGGCCGAAGCCAGGAAUGACUAUAAUCAUUUGGCGACUCUUACGCGCAGAGUGGAUACUUACAUCUCGGGCAUCGUGCUUAUGUCCUUUGCUAUAGACUUGUACUUCAUCUGUAUGCAAUUGCUGUUUUCCUUCAAUCCAAUACGUGGUAGCAUACGGAAAAUCUAUUUUGGUUUUUCCUUCGGCUUUCUUUUGGCGAGAACAAUGGCGGUAUCCCUGUACGCGGCUUCUAUUCAUGAUGAAUCCCGUCUACCAGCACCGAUUUUGUAUAGCGUCACUAGUUCUGGUUACAGCAAUGAGGUCUCAAGAUUCUUGACGCAAGUAACGACGGAUAAUAUUAGCUUGACGGGAAUGAAGUUUUUUUCCAUAACGAGAGGCCUUGUAUUAACCGUUGCAGGAACUAUCGUGACUUAUGAACUCGUUCUGGUACAGUUUAACUCCGUCCAACAAGCGGACCAGACGAAUAUAACUGCUUGUGAGGUGAGGUAGAGAGGAUUUUCGAAAAGGAAAUCGAUAUCACUAUAUUGACUACAAAACACAAAA